AUGUCAUCAAUUUCCGAACGUUUGCAACAAGUAUUAGAAUUUCAAAAGAAGGGAGAUAUAGCAAGUGGACAUUCAAUUCUUGUUCAAAUGACAAGAGAAGCCAGAACUGCAGAUUUUCAAAAUGAACUUUUAAAAUCUUCAGAAGAAGCACUUGAUGAUCUUUGUUUAAUGUUGGCAAACAAGGAAUUAAAUUUUAAAUUUAUUAUUGUUAAUAUUUUAGCAACAGUUGCAAGUUUAAAUCCAAAAUUAUGUCAGGAAAUUGUAAAGAGAUCGGAUACUAUUGAUGAAAUGAUUACAACUGCAAAUGAGCAUAAAACAAUGAUGCAACCUGUGAGAGAUGUUACUGGUUUUUUAAGAAAUGCUUGUUUGAAUGCUGAAAACAAAUCAACACUUGUUAGAUUUAAAUGUCAUGAAAUGGCUCUUGUUUUAAUGUCACAUUAUAAUGUUAAACAAGGUGAAUUUGUUUUGGAUAAUUGUUGUUCAAUGUUGAGUUUACUUGUUAGAAAUGAUACUGAAUUGGCAUUUCUUGUAGGAACAACUUUGGGUGGAAUUUCUUCAAUUAAAAACAUUUUAUCAGAUGAAAAUCUUCAAAAAGAAGCACAAAAUGCUCAAAAUGCUGGAACUCAACGUCUUGUAAAAUCAGCCAUUCAAUUAUUUCAAUAUUUAUGUCACUUUUCACCUGCCAAUCAUAAAACUAUGAUUCAAAGUGGUGUUCCUGCACUUUUAGCACAAUUAAUUCAAACAUUUGAUUCUACUUUUCCAGAUGCUUCACAAAGUUCAAUGAAAGUUCUUCAUAUUUUAGGACUUUCUAAUUUGAUUGGAACACAAGGUGGAAAUCCAUUUUUGAAAGAAGAUACAAUUGGAGGUACAAUUCAAGAUUUGAAAUCAAAUACUCCUGCCAAACAAAAGAAGGCAUGUGAAAUGUUAUGGGAAGCAACUGAAGUUGAAGAAAAUAUUGCAGCAUUUGUUAAAUCUGAAAUUCCAGAUAUUCUAAUUUCAUUAAUGGAAAGUGAAUAUUUACAAAUUUUAGAACCAGCAACUGGUGCACUUUCUAAUCUUGUUAGAGAUCCAGGUGUUCUUGUUAAAUUGGCUUCAAGAAAAGUUCUCUCCACUCUCAUUUCAUUUAUCAAACAAGAGGAGAGUGUUAAAUUAGUUCUCCAUGCAGUUGCUAUUUGUGUUUAUAUUGGUAAUUCGAGUACAUUAUUGGAAAGAUUGAGUGAAAUUAAUUUUGCUUCAAUUUGUUCUCAAGUUUUUGAUCGUUUCUUCCAAAUGUUGGAUAUUAAGGAGGUUGGACAAGUUGAAAUUCAAAUCUUGAUGGCUCUCUUGAAACUCUUCUCCAAUUUUGCAAGAACAAAGAAUUCUGCCAUUGAACUGAAAGAAACAGGUGUUGUAGAUGCCUUAUUAGGAGUUAUUAUGAAGGAAGCCACACGUCAAAAUUAUGAAAUUAGAAAGAAUGCAUGUGAAACAUUGUACAAUUUAUAUAAGGUUGAUGAAAUUAGAGAUUACAUUGAUGCCAUUGAUGGAGCUAUGGGUUACAUGACAGAUAUGAUUGAAUUAAUUGACUUGUCUAAUUGUGAUAGAAUUCUCAACAUGAAGAAUAAUGGUGCUUCAGAAGAUGAAAUUAGACAAGCUCUCGAUGAAGAUAAUAAUUCAUUCGCAGAUGAUGUUAACUUUGAUAAUAAUCAAAUGUUCAAACUUGCAAGCUUUGAUGAUGAUUCUGAUGAUGAUGAUACCAAUUCUGAGGAUGACUAUGAUGAUGAAGAGGAUGAUGAUUCUGAUGAGGAAGAUCAAGAAACCAAAGUUGGAACUGCCACUGCAGGUGGUGAUGAUGAUUUGGAGGCAUCUGAAUUGGAACCAGAAGAAUUGGAUGGUGAAUUGGAGCCAGAAGAGUUGGAGCCAGGAGAAUUGGAACCAGAAGAGUUGGAGCCAGAGGAUGAUGAUCUCGAACCUCAAGAAUUGGAACCAGAAACUGACUCUGAUGAUGAAUUACAAGCUUCAGUUCUCGAUGAAGAAUUGGAAUUACAAGCUGAAUUGGAAAAACUCAAAGAAAAGGAAGAAGAGGAAGACAGAAGAAAGUACGAAGCAGAGAGAAAGAAAAACGAAGAAAAGGAAAAACUCAAAGCAGAAAGAAGACUUCAAAGAAAACUCAAAAGAGUUGAAGAACUCAAAGAAAAGCAAAAGGAAGAUGAAGAAGAAGAAAAGAAGAAGGAAAAGAGAUUAAUCAAGAGAAAGGCCAUCUCUAAGGAAUUGCUUAGUACUGAGGACAGUUACGUUGGUGCUCUCGAUGCUACCAGAAAAUUCUACAUGGAACGAAUUGUCACUGCUCCAAAGCAAAUUAUUCCAAAAGACAAAUUUAAUGUUAUUUUCAAAGAUAUUGAUUUGAUUUAUAAGGUCAAUUAUGCAUUCCUUCAAAAACUUAAAGCACUCUUUGAAAAUGAAGAUGAAUUAAUGCAAAAUAUGGAAUAUCGUAUUGGUGAAUUAGUUUUAUCAUAUGCUCCUUCAUUCAAGACCUAUUGUUCAUUUGUUAAUAAUUAUGAUAGAGCUGAAGCAAUGAUGUUUUCAUGUAUUAAGCAGUACAAACCAUUUGCUGAUUUCUUAGAUCAAGUUUCAAAUGAAUUACUUGAUUUGGGAUAUCGUCAAACUGACUUGGGUUCAUUCUUAAUUCAACCUGUUCAAAGAUUGCCACGUUACAAUCUUCUUUUAACUGAUUUAAUGAAGAAUAGUGAUAAUACCAAUUCAACAGGUUAUAAAAUUUUAAAGAGAGCUCUUGGUGAAGUUCAAAAUAUUACAGGUUUCGUCAAUGAAGCCAAGAGAGGUGUUGAAUUUAUGGCCAUGGCUUCAAAAUUAUUGGAAAAGUUACAAAUUACACUUCCAGAAAAUUCAGAAAGAAAAUGGAUCCACACUGAAAAGAAAGUUCGUGGUUACAUUUAUGAGAAGAGAAGAGUUGAGGCAACUAAGAAUAAGGCACCUUAUCAAAUGUCAUUUCACAUCUUAUCUGAUUAUGCAAUUUUAAAGAAGAAGGGUGCAAUGAAGGGUAAGAAGGUUUACAUCUUUAGUUUGAAACAUGCAAGAAUUAGAAGAAAGGCAGCAGAUUUAGAUAAGGAUGGUUUAUCAAUGACUUUGGAAGAUGAAGAACAAUCAAGAACAACUCCACCAGCCAUUGAAGUUGAAAUGAAAUUCAUAUCCAAAGAUAUGAGAGAGGAAAUGUUAACAAAAUUGGAAAAUAUUCACUUGGACUUGAUGAGUCAAAAAUAUUCGGAGGAGAAUAUUCUCCAAAGCUUUUUACCCUUCCUUGAUAGUCAUAAUUAUUGUUAUUGUUCCUUCAUGUUUUCAACAUUUCAACAAAUAUUGAGACAAAAACUUAUUCAAUCAUCAGUUAUUAGAGAAUUUUCAUUACCAAAUGAAAAUGCUGUAAAAUUGGAACCAUUCUUUCUUUAUGUUUAUUUUCAAAUGUUUGCUUUUGAAAAGUACUUGUCACCAAAACAUGUUAAUACUGAAACUGGAUUUAAAGAUAAUCAAUUGGAUAUUUAUUUAAUUUUUAGAACUUGUCUUGAUGAUUUACUGAAAUUAGUUUCUGAUAAUGAUAGUGUUCUCAAUUCUACACAAGUUAAUCAUAUGUCUGUAUUUUUAUGUGAGGAAAAGGAUUUUAAAUCAAUGAAUUUAUCAAAAGCUUUUCCUUUUUGGUGUAAAAGUCCAUCACUUUCUCACAAACAAAUAUUUAAAUCAUCAUUUUCUUCUUUAGAAAAGAAGAAACAAAAAAUAAUUGAUGAGAGAAUGUUAGAUCCAGAACUUUCUCUCAUGGUACGUCAUGAUAGUGAAAUGAUUGAUGAUGAUUCCAGAUUUAAUUUUGAAGAGGAAGAUAUUGCUCAUGUCAAUGCUCCAGAAUAUGUAGAGUUGGGAGUUAUUAGGAAUUACAUUUUGGAUAAUUUGGAUAGAAGUAAUUUUCCUCAUCAUAUUACAAUUCGUAAUAUUACUUCAAAUUAUGUUUUCUAUAAUCAUGAAUCAUCAAAUAUGGAUACAUUCUUUGAAAUUUCAAAUGUGGGCGAACAUUCAUACAUUUGCAUUCUCCAAAAUCAUUUACAAACCAUUUGUGUAAAAAAUUGUAAAGAUUGUACAUUAGUUUUUGGAGUUAUUCGAGGAAUGCUUCAUGUAUCAAAUUGUUCAAAUGUUAAUAUUAUUUGCCUAACCAAUGCUAUCAAAAUAUCCUACUGUACAGAUUGCCAAUUUUAUUUAUGUUGUAAUAAUAGACCCCUUGUAUUCACAUCAAAUAGGAAUAUUCAAUUCGCUCCCUAUAAUACUACCUAUACAGAAUUAACGAGACAACUUUCACUUCACGAUUGUAAUAUUGAUCCAACCCUUAAUUAUUUUUCACAGCCCUUUGUGGUUGACUUGGAUGCACUUCAUCAAUUACCACAUGGUUCCCAUCAACAUGCUUCACCUUCAUCUAAUUUAAUGCAAACUGAUUCACUUUCAAUCAGUACAACACCUCCACCUUCACCACCAAGUUUUGGAACACCUAAAAGUUUUGAAAAAUCUCCAUCAUCACCUCAUGGAUCAUCAAAUUCUCAUUCCUUUAACAUGUCUCCCUCACACAUGAAAUCUAAAAAUCCAACCUCUCCCAGGGGAAGUGAUAAUCAUCAUCGUCCUCAUCACCCAACAGUGGCAACAACCACUUCAUGUUUUUCAAUUAUGGAACCAUCUCAUUUCCAUCUUCACUUUAUUCCAUUUGAGAAUUAUAAUGCCAAAAGUUCAGGAAAGAGUAAAAAUCCAGGUACCAAUGGAAGUGGAGUUUUAACCAUUGCAGAAAUAUUAACAAAAAUUCCAAGUCCACUCCCAAAAGAAUAUCAAACAGAAAUUCAGAAUCGAACGAAAACUAUUGCUAAUUUAUUUGAUCACAUUAAACAAAAUUCCAAUCAGAUAGCUAACAAGUUAAUGAUAACACAUGGACUUGACUCUACCCUAAACUUACAACAGCAAGCUCAGUUUCAGAAUCAACAACAUCAAUUAAUUCAAAACAAAAUGAUGGAUUAUAUGAAUAGAAAGUUCAGAGAAUGGCUCGUUCAAAGUGGUUUUGAUAAGGAAUAUAAAGUUUUUCUACCUCCAUCUGGUCAGAGAAAUGCAGCUAGAAAGAGAAGUAAUAGUGGAUCAAAUAAGUAAACCCGCUCUCAAUGUUUUCAAUGCA